GCCGCGGGGGCCGCCCGGGAGGAUGCUGCGCUGCAUGCCGCCGCUGUGGCGCUGUAACCGGCACGUGGAGGCGCUGGACCGGCGGCACUGCUCGCUGCAGGCGGUGCCCGAGGAGAUCUACCGCUACAGCCGCUCCCUGGAGGAGCUGCUGCUGGACGCCAACCAGCUGCGGGAGCUGCCCAAGCCUUUCUUCCGGCUCCUGAACCUACGCAAGCUGGGCCUGAGUGACAAUGAGAUUCAGAGACUUCCCCCCGAGGUGGCCAACUUCAUGCAGCUGGUGGAGCUAGACAUCUCUCGCAAUGACAUUCCAGAAAUCCCUGAAAGCAUCAAAUUCUGCAAAUCCCUGGAGAUUGCUGACUUCAGUGGGAAUCCCCUAUCCAGGCUUCCUGAGGGCUUCACCCAGCUGCGGAGCCUGGGCCACCUGGCCCUGAAUGAUGUAUCCCUGCAGAGCCUCCCCAGUGAUAUCGGGAAUUUGGCAAAUCUGGUGACUCUGGAGCUGCGUGAGAACCUGCUCAAAUCCCUCCCCACUUCGCUCUCAUUCCUCGUCAAGUUAGAGCAGUUGGAUCUUGGUGGCAAUGACCUGGAAGUGCUGCCAGACACUCUGGGAGCACUACCGAACCUGCGGGAGCUCUGGCUAGACCGAAACCAGCUCUCAGCCCUGCCCCCGGAGCUGGGGAAUCUUCGACGCCUGGUCUGUCUGGAUGUAUCUGAGAACAAGCUGGAGCAGCUUCCCAAUGAGAUCAGUGGGCUGGUGGCACUGUCAGACCUACUGCUGUCGCAGAACUUGUUGGAAUGCAUACCUGCUGGGAUUGGUCAGCUGAAACAGCUCUCCAUCCUAAAAGUGGAUCAAAAUCGUCUGGCUGAGGUGACUGAGUCGAUUGGGGACUGUGAGAAUCUCUCGGAGCUCAUCCUGACAGAGAAUGUGCUGACAGCCUUGCCAAAAUCCCUGGGGAAGCUGACAAAGCUGACCAAUUUGAAUGUGGACCGGAACCGGCUGACAGCACUUCCCUCUGAGAUUGGGGGCUGUGCCAGUCUGAAUGUGCUGUCCUUGCGUGACAACCGCCUGGUGCUUCUGCCUCCCGAACUUGCUAACACCAAGGAGCUGCAUGUGCUGGAUGUGGCAGGGAAUAGUCAUAGAGCUUACAGUGUGGUGGUGGGAGGCUGUGGGAGGACAUUUAUGCUGCAGAACAGUCUGGUAAGAGCUGUGUGGAGUCUCCAUCAUGAGAGAGAUUCUACAUUGGAGAGAGAGGCCCUGUCUCAGGGUUUGCUCCACCCUGCCCCGAGGCUGCAGAACUUGCCCUUUGCCCUGACAAAUCUCAACCUGAAGGCCCUGUGGCUUGCAGAGAACCAGUCCCAGCCCAUGUUGAAAUUCCAGACAGAAGAUGAUGAGAAGACGGGUGAAAAGGUUCUCACCUGUUACCUGCUGCCCCAGCAGCCAUCUCCCAGUCUAGAGAAUCUCCUGCAGAACAGUGUGGAUGAAAGUUGGACAGACACCAACUUGAACCGGGUCAGUGUGAUCCAGUUUUUGGACGAGCCCAAAGCUGAUGAUGACGAGGAGGCUGGAGCUGAGAAGAGAGGCCUGCAGCGCAGAGCAACUCCUCACCCUAGUGAGCUGAAGGUUAUGAAGAAAGUGAUCGAAGUUCGGCGCAAUGAGAUAUAUUCUGCGAAGCCCGAUGUGGACCUGGAUUCUCCAAACUCAGAGGUGAAGAGGCUGAGUGCCAUGUCCAAUCGCAGUGAGGACUCGCAUGUCUCUAACAGCACUGUCUCUGCCAACUUCAGGGAAGAGGAGGGGGGAGGAGGGGGAGACAGGCUGAAUGGGCAAGUGACCGAAACACAGGAGCUGGAGAAUGAGGCGAAGCCUGGAGAUGAAGAAGAGCAGGAAGUAGAGGCGGUGGCUGCUCAAGAGGAGGAGCUGGAAGUGGAGUACAAUGAGCCCACGGUGCAUUUUGCUGAGGACACUCUGAUCCGGAGCGAGGAUGAGGAUGAGGAUGAAGACCGGCCGUUCCCAGUGGAGAAGCAGAGGCUGAUCCGCAAGGACACACCACACUAUAAGAAACACUUUAAGAUCACCAAGCUGCCCAAGCCAGAGGCAGUGGUGGCGCUCCUGCAGGGGCUGAACAGUGACAGGGUCCCUGAGGAGGAGGAGGAGCUGGGGGGUUGCAAUAACAGUGCAGAGCCCAAGGAGCAGGAGGAGGCCUGGGACAAGGAUGAUAUGAAGAACGGAGCCUUGUCCACACAGCCGUCAGUCAAGGGGGUGUCGUUUGAUCAAGCCAAUAAUCUGCUGAUUGAGCCUGCUCGCAUUGAGGAGGAAGAGCUGACCCUGACUAUCCUGCGGCAGACAGGGGGGCUGGGCAUCAGCAUUGCAGGGGGCAAAGGCUCCACUCCCUACAAGGGUGAUGACGAGGGCAUCUUUAUUUCCCGUGUGUCAGAAGAGGGCCCUGCAGCCCGAGCAGGAGUCCGUGUCGGGGACAAGCUCCUGGAGGUGAAUGGAGUAGCCCUGCACUGUGCGGAGCACCACAUGGCAGUGGAGGCACUGCGUGGCUCAGGCAGCUCCGUCUCCAUGACGGUGCUUCGGGAGCGGAUGGUGGAGCCCGAGAACGCCAUCACGGUUACACCGCUGCGCCCCGAGGACGAUUACAGCCCACGAGAGCCACGGGGUGGCCUGUGCUUUCCAGAGCGGCCUGAGGGAGCACCACCCACAGACAGAUUCUCCACCUGCCUCAUGCGCAAUGAGAAGGGACUGGGCUUCAGCAUUGCCGGGGGCAAGGGCUCCACGCCCUACAGGGCGGGUGACACGGGGAUCUUUAUCUCUCGGAUCGCAGAGGGUGGUGCGGCCCAUCGGGACGGGACGCUGCACGUUGGAGACCGGGUCAUCUCGAUCAAUGGGGUAGACAUGACAGAAGCCAGGCAUGAUCAGGCAGUAGCGCUGCUUACCGCAUCCUCCCCCACCAUCGCGCUGCUGGUAGAGAGAGAGGGUACACAGCAGCUCAGCGAGGGAGACUCACCAGUGGUGCAGCGAGUGCGCACGCACUCCCCACCACCACCUCCCAGCCAUGGGGAGAGCCCGCCUGAGGAGACGCCUCUGCUGCAAAGGAACCAUCUGCCCAAAGGCCUGGAGGACCAGUACCCCAUUGAGGAGAUCUGUCUGGUCAAAGCUGGGGGGCCCCUGGGGCUCAGCAUUGUUGGAGGCAGUGACCAUUCAAGCCACCCAUUUGGGAUUCAUGAACCAGGUGUCUUUAUCUCAAAGGUCAUUCCCCUUGGGCUGGCAUCCCGCAGUGGCUUGCGAGUAGGGGACAGGAUCCUGGAGGUCAAUACUAUUGACCUGCGCCAUGCUACCCACCAGGAGGCUGUGAAUGCCCUGCUGUCCAGUACACAGGAGCUGAGCAUGUUGGUGCGACGAGAUCCUCCGCCAUCUGGCAUGCAGGAAAUCUGCAUUGAGAAGGCUCCUGGAGAAAAGCUGGGCAUCAGCAUUCGGGGGGGAGCGAAAGGCCAUGCUGGGAACCCCUUUGACCCCACCGAUGAGGGGAUCUUCAUCUCCAAGGUGAGCUCCUCUGGGGCUGCUGCCAGGGAUGGUCGGCUGAAGGUGGGGCUGCGGAUCCUGGAGGUGAAUCACCAGAGUCUGCUGGGAAUGACGCACACAGAGGCAGUGCAGAUCCUACGCAGUGUGGGUGACAAGCUCCUUGUGCUUGUGUGUGAUGGCUUUGACCCCAAGGCUGCAGCUGCCAUUGAGAUGUCCCCAGGAAUCAUUGCCAACCCCUUUGCAGCUGGCAUUGGCCGCAAGAACAGCCUGGAGAGCAUCUCCUCCAUUGACCGUGACUUGACCCCAGAGGAGCUGGAGAUCCUACAAAAGGAGAUGGAGAUGGUGAGGGAGGCGACUCAGUGGGAGAGAGAAGAAAUGGAGAAAGUGGAGAGGAUGCGUAGGGAGCGGGAGGCAGCCACGCAGAUCCUUGAGGAGGAGGCAGAGAACAUCAGCAGUGAGCCUUUGCGACUGGACUAUCGGACCCUGGCAGCUUUGCCCAGCAACAACUUACCAAGAGUCACCCGUGCUCUCGUUCAGUGUGAUCGAGCCAGCUCUGGAAUGGAGAGUGACUGCGCUAUGCUGCCUCUGCCAGUGGCUCUGGACAGCCAGAAUUCAGACCCUGGCCCAAUCGCAGGCCUGAGCAGCACUGUAACUAGCCCACCCCAGGACCCGGCAUCACCUGGCAAGCACAAAGAAAGGGCAGCCCUGGUCCUGCUACACAUGCAGGAGCCUGUGGGCUGCCCCCUGACCCAGGACCAGCAGCCAAAGCCUCAGGAGCCAGAUCAAGAGAGUAUGGUCGACUCUCAACCAAUUCUCUUCAGUGAGAACCCAUUUGUGGUGGCUAAUCGAAGGGGGAAGGCAGCAGGCAAGGCCUGUCUGGGGGGCCCUCCCCUUGGCUAUGGUCAGGGGGGAGUUCUGAAGACCAACCUUUACUCCAAGGCUCCAGCAGGCGAGUCUGGGCCUGGGAGCUCCAGGCGGGAUGCCUCUUACUCACCGAGCAGCCAGCAGCCACCUGCAGCCCUUCGGCCUGCUCACCUGUCAGGCAGGGAGACUCGCUUUGCUUCCAUAAACUUCAUCCCACCGCAAGAUGACAGCAAAUCAACCAAGCCGGGCGUCAUUCAGCCUCUUUCCCGGGUGCGACAAAAUGCUGCCCCAGCUAGUUCGGAGGGCAGGGACAGCCCCAACCCCUUCCAGCAACCUGAGUCAUGCUCCAGUGUCCAGAACUCUGGGAGAGAGAAGAACCCAGAUCAGAGAGAGUCAAGGCUGCGUCCCCCCUCACCCUCCUCUCCUGAGGAUGUCCCAGUCAGUGUCAAGCAGGCAUACAAGACCUUUGCAGCGGUGCCUCUGUCACAGGCAAAUAAGGAGACGCAUGGUCAGACAAGCACCGAGAAACCUAAAGCUUCUCCUGAGAUGCUGUCAUCAAGGGGACUGCACAGCCCAGAGCAGCGAUCCUUCCGUGAGAGGCAAAAGUACUUUGAGAUCGAGGUGAAACAGCAGCAGAUGGAGAAGCCCCCCAAGCGUGUCUCUCUGGUGGGGGAGGAUGACCUGAAGAAAAUGAAGGAGGAGGAAGCUCGUAAACUGCAGCAGAAACGGGCUCUGUUGUUGGAGGAGGAGGAGGAAGAGGAAGAGGAGGAUGUGGGGAAGCUGAUGCCCGAUAUGAGCAUGCAGUCCAGUGUCAUCAUUGAAGGAGUGGAGUACAAGAUCAAGAGACUAAAUGGAAGGAGCAUUCAGUCCCUGGCAACUCGGAUCUCUGAGGCAGAUGAGCACAGCAGCUCCCUGAGAAACUCACUAGAAGAAGGAUUCAAGCCCGAGCAGAGGCCUAAUUCUAUGUCUGGACUGAUCCCAGUUUACCCAGGAGGGGGCGAGGCAGGGGCACCUGUGCGAACGGCCAAAGCUGAGCGACGGCACCAGGAGCGACUGCGGAUGCAGAGCCCUGAGUUCCUAAGUACCCAGGAGAAGGAGCUGUCUCCAGCUGAGCGCCGGGCCCUGGAGGCAGAGAAACGAGCCAUGUGGAGGGCAGCACGAUCCUCCACUCUUGAAGACAGUAUUAAACAAUACGAGCAGGAUCUGGCCAGGAAGCUCUACCAGUCCCGACAGCGGGCACCUGCACCAGGGGCCAGGCCAGCUCAGGUGUCUAGCCCAGGGCAGAGUCACGUCUCAAGAACCCCUGGGUCAGGAAGUCAAUCCAGGAUGAAGUCUCUGGAGCAGGAUGCCCUCAAAGCCCAGAUGGUGAUUGCCAAGUCCAAGGAGGGGAAGAAGCGCAGCACACUGGAACAGCUGGCUGAAUCGCCUUCACCUGCUCCCACCCCCUCCCCAACGCUUCCAGAAGAUUGCAGCCCCAGGAAUGUCACUUCACCAGGGAGGCUGUCCAUGUCUGAAAAGAAGUUUGACUACCGGGAAUUUGCCGCUAUUCCUUCUUCCAAACCUGUUUACCAAAUUCAGUCACCCGAAGCAGUUGGCAAUCUCAGAUACGUGGAUGACACAAAUAGCACAGUUCCCCAGGAUCAGGGUGGGCCAGCAGAGGAAGAGGAGCUGUUAGUAACUCACGAUUCCUCAACACCCACCACAUCAGCACUUGAAGACAUGGCUCUGUACAGCAGCAAGCGCAAACUCCGACACAGCCGUCGCAGUCUGGAGGCUGCUGUCCCCACAUAGGGGGCCUGAUGCAUGGGGGCAACAGGACAGCCCAGCACAGGGCUCUACACCUUCCUGCACUCCACAGACAGCACUGGACUGGGUCCCACAGCUGCCUCCUUGGCAUUGGCUGGGAACUGCGCACCCAGGAGUUGGUGUGGUUAACUAACUUCCUUUAGGCUGUGAACAUCCUUUUUCUCUCACUACCCACAGUGCACUGGGGCAUGUGCUGAACAAAACAGGACAGUGCUGGACUUGUAGAUGUUUGACGGGGCGGGGGUGGUGGGGACAGGGCAGUGGGCAGCAGCAGUUUGUUAGUCUGUAAAUAGUGUGUGAGUGUGUGUGUGUGCGCGCAUGUGUGACGCUGCACCUGUUAUUCCCUCCACUUGGGUUUUUCAGUGGCUACUACGGGGGCUUUGUUCUGAUAUGACUUAGCAGGAAGUGCCAGCCCUUUACUCCCUUCUAAAUCCCACUGAUUUGUUAAAAGCCAGCUCCCCCCAACCAUGGAGAGUCAUGUCCAUGCAGAGGCAGGGAUCUGUGACAUCUCUAGAAUGCAUUGUCCCCAUUCCACUCUACCACCAGGCCAACAAUCAUCUGGCUUGGUGUGACGCUGUUCCUCCGGCAAUAGGUCUGCCCCCCAGAUGCACAUGUAAUUUAUGUAGCAGAGGCUGUGGUCCAUUCCAGGCAAACACACUACAUGGGGAGGGGGACAUGUGGGGAGCAGGUGCUGACUGUCCUGUGUGAGAGUCGCAUCCAUGAGCAGGAUGAACUAGAACAGAUGGGUGUACGAGGCUAUAGCAGUGUGUGCAUGUGACAGCAGUAGGGACAGACUAGUUGGGGAUUAGAAUAUGGUGACACAGCAGUAGGCGGUACAAAUAAGGAGACAGUGGGGUAAGGUUAUAGUAUGGGGUGCAGGGAGCACGGUGGGACAUGGAUUGGCUGGGGUCAGGUGAAGGGUACUGGGUGCAGGAUGAUGAUGGUACACAGUGAUGGUGGUGGCAGCAAAAGGUGGUGGCUCUCACUGUGUUGCCCAUGUCCACUGAAGUAAAAUGUGAGUGUUGAGGGAGGUUGGAGCACAGACAAAGUGAGCACCAUGCAGGGAGAUAACGAAUAACAAGAUAUGCCUCCCGCUAACUGCAAAUCCUACCGUCUCUCUCGGACAACAUGGUGCCGUCCUCACUUUACCUGCAGAUUAGGGCAGACAAGAGAUUCUUUACACAUGCACCAAGGAUGUUAUUGCUGGCUUCCUGCCUGGAACAAGGGCUCUAUCAGCCUCAGUACCAAGUGAACCCAAGGAUCUGGCACCAGUGACUAGGCGCCUGUGUCUACCAGUGAAAUUAUUGUUUCUCUUGUUCUUACUACCCUCCGUGAGUUAAGCAGCCCUUAUCCACACAUGCCCAAAUCAAAGCAAGGCAUCUGAGUUUGGUCUUGGCAAUGGUCUGAGUGAUCUUUCCACUCCCUCUAACAAAUCGGUGCUCUCUUACUUGCUGAUGCCGCCAGCAGUAAGCCAAGAGUUGGCCCUUAAUCCUCCCAGUGCCAGGAUGUGACUAGGGAUUUGCGGGCGCUUCUGCUUGUACAUUUACUAAAUGACUGGAUGCGGUUUCUUUUAGUUGAGAAUCUCCUCUCUUCACACCAAAUCACAUGGCUCAUUUUAACUGAAUUGAUAUGUUUAAUUUUACAGGGCUUGGACGGGGAAAUCCAAUAAUCUAUCAAACUGCAGCCAUGGCUGCUGCCAUCAUCAGCAAUUUGAGCUUUUCCUUUUUAAAACCUCAUUUUAGCAUUUGCUUUUUAACAAGAGCAAUUUCUAGAAAGAAUCAUGAAUUGGUUUUGGAGACUAACUUGUGAUUUUCCUUUCCCUUUGCGGUACCUGGGUGCCAGGCUCUGAUCUCUCUCCUCUCCUGAGAGAUGCAGAGGAAAAAUUAGCUCUUCAAGACUGUAACUAGUGAAAUUUGUACAACCAAAGAAAUCUAUUUUGUGGAUCAAGGAGAAUAAAGUUUACUUUACAUUUUA